AUGCGUUUCACCAAACCAGCUGCAGUGGCAGCAUUCGUUCCCUUUGCUUCUCAUCUAGUAGAUGCGGCACCUCGAAACUUAGAAAUUUCCACUCUAGGCGGCGCGGCCUUCCGAAUCGAGCAGGCUCCCAAUCCCGACUUUUACUAUGGAAACAGGCGAGGGCCCAUCGCACUAGCCAGAGCUUAUUCCAAGUUCGGGCAGCAGAUUCCCGACGAUCUAUUAGGGCUCAUCGAUCAAAUCCUCGGAGAGCUUGGGUUGCUGAACGGAGGCAAAGGCAAUGGCGGUCGUAAAGGGGGUAAGGGUGGCGGCAAAGGAAAGGGUAAGGGAGGGAAAGGAGGCAAUGCUGGUGCUGGUGGUUCCAAGGGCAAUGGUACAACCACUACUCCCGGAGGUGGAGGUAACAAAGGCAAUGGCACGAAGACACCUCCAGGUGGAGAGGUUGCGGCGAUUCCCGCCGAGUUCGACAGCCAGUAUCUCUGCCCUGUCCAGAUCGGCACACCGCCCCAGACUAUCCCGCUCAACUUCGAUACCGGGUCCUCGGAUCUAUGGGUCUUCAGUAGCGAGACACCCAUAACCCAAGUCGCGGGGCAGACAGUGUAUAACAUCAACGCCAGUACAAGUGCCAAAGUCCUCCAGGGUGCUUCUUGGUCGAUCUCCUAUGGCGACGGUAGCUCGUCCCAAGGUAAUGUUUUCAUGGACACUGUCACGAUCGGCGGCGUGACUGUAGAGAGCCAAGCAGUCGAGUCUGCUACUCAAGUGUCUUCGUCAUUUUCCCGAAACAAGAACCAGUCUGGUCUUGUCGGACUUGCCUUUGGCAACAUCAACACCGUCAAGCCUGCCAAGCAGAAAACCUUUUUCGAGAAUGCAAUGAACAAUCUCGCCAUGCCACUGUUCACAGCAAACCUCAAGAAGGCAGCUGGUAAGUCUCAAAUUCUCACGUCAAGGCCCCUUCGGAACUAUUCACUAAUUUCGCAAUCACAAGCUGGAAACUACAACUUUGGCUUCCUCGACUCGACAGAGUACACGGGCGACAUCACCUUCGUCCCCGCCAACACGACGCAAGGCUUCUGGCAAUUCACAGCCCAAGGCUUCGCCGUCGGCUCCAACGGCAGCGCGCCCACCUCGGCCCCUCACGCCGCCAUCGCGGACACGGGCACAACGCUCAUGCUGCUGCCCGACGCCAUCGUCUCGGCGUACUACCAACGCAUCGCGAGCGCAAAGUACGACGCGACCAACGGAGGCUUCGUCUUCAACUGCAAGGACACGAUACCGUCCUUCACGGUCGACAUGGGCAAGUACCAGGCCGUCGUCCCGGGUGACUUUAUGAAGUUUGCUCCCGUCGACGGGCAGACGGUUGAGACUUCGACGACGUGCUUUGGGGGUAUACAGAGCUCUGCGGGUUUGCCCUUUGCGAUUUACGGGGACGUUUUCCUUAAGUCGCAGUUUGUGGUGUUUCAUGGCGGGAAUAAGGAGUUGGGGUUCGCGAAUAAGCCCCUUUAA